CCCGGAGCUUCUCUCACUCAGGCGAGCAACUUGGGCUCUGAGGAGACUGUUUGAGCAGGAAAUUGACUUUAAGGAAUGAAAAAAAAAGUUAACGAGAUAUUAUGAUUAGCUGUAAGGAUGUAGCGGUUAAUCCCGAACCUGACGCUGAUCAAGCUGACUUUUAAUUCAUCGCGAGUGCGGUCCGGAAGUUUUAAUAUCGUUAGUAACCCUGGUUUAAACUAAAGUAACAUUAUGGUAUGGGACAAAGGCAGGUUUUAUCACCGAACGCGUCUAUGAAAGGUAAAGUCACGUCUGUGUAUCGACUGGACGUGGAUUCGGUUCUGAAGAAGGAAGUUGAAUCCGGCCAAGGAGAUGCCCUUUCCUCAGCAAGGUACGGUUUGGGCUGUGGGGUGAAGCGUAAACUGAGCGAGUGUGAGGACUCGGCGCUGGAUCUCCCGUAUCCCCAGCAGAGGCAGCUGGUGCUGGAUCUGUGCCUGGACAAACUGCAGAGCUGCCAGCAACAGGCUGAGCCCAGCCUUCACCGUUCUGUGCUGCUGGCCAACACUCUGCGCCAAAUCCAGCAGGAGAUGAAGCUAGAGGGCAGCGACAUUCUGCCUCCUGCUUCACCUUCUCCGUUUCCUCCACCCACGCCAUGUCACAUCCCUGAUCUCCCACCUGUAUCUGGAGACUCGUCACCACUUCUCUCUGGGCCCGUGUCAUCCUCAUCCCUGACACUUGGUGAGCACAGCGAGAGUAAACCACCGUCUCUGGCGCUCGUGGAAGAGGUGGAUUCAAAGAUGCCAGAGUCUCUAUUCAGCACGUUCGAGAUCACAAAUUCCACCAGCUACCUGACGGACCUGACACUCGAUGACAUCUUUGAGGACAUCGACACAUCCAUGUAUGACUUGUCAGAAGUCUCAGUUCUGGCGUGUUCUGGCCCGAGAGACGAUGGACCGAAGAGCCUGUCCAACCUGCAGCUCUGCCUGACUGACCUCAGUGACCUCGACCACCUCCUGGACAUCCUGGUGCACUCGUGAUCCUCACACACUGUCUCGAGCCAUCCUGAUGAUCUUUACACUCAUCAAAAUUUCAAUUUUUUUUAAAGCUUUUUAUUCAUGUGAUUUUUAAAUCUAUUUUUAUACAGAACUUUUAUAUUAAAAUUUGAAACCCACAGUAGGAUGCACAGUGCUCUUUUUCUAUUUAAGCAAAGAUAUGAAUAUGCAGGGAACGAACAUGACAAAGUAUUACCACUGAUGCUUAUUUAUAAUGAAGUUUGUAAACAAAAAAAUGAAAUGGAUUGAUUUUUGAGAAACUUUUUUUUUUAAAGCUGAUCCUGUGAGUAUUUCUCCAACAUUAGUGUAUUUUAUCAGUGAUUUUAUGAUGGCUCGUGACAUGCGCAUGCACACACUCGCACUACCUCUCAAAAACCAAGAGCCAUCUGCCCCGUCCUCCCAAAAAAAAAAAAAACAGUAACUCUCAUGCAUCACUCUUGGCCUUUUCUGAAGGAUUUUUCUUAAGUCUUUCCUGCAGGAUCGGAAUUUGCUUUGUGUGUUUUUCUCUCUCUUCCCCCUGAAGUCAAACCCCAUCAUGAAUUUUAGUGCCUACUCAUGGAGGAUGAAGACUAGCGGUGGUGGAUGUGCACGGAUUUUUGUCUUGUAAUUUUUAGACUUCGCUAUAUUUAUAAAAAAAAUCCCACUUUUCUAAAUAAGCCAUGUUUUGUGCAAACAUCUGCACAAUCCACUCUGAACCCUUAAAUUCAAAGAUGACACUACAGAGAGCAUUCUGGAUGUCUGGGGAAACAUUUCAGGCUCCUAAAUCUCAGACUUUAAAACAAAUGAAGCUGUUCGUGUGAAGUGUUUGUGGUUUUGUUUUCUCUCUUCUACAGGAUGGUGUGAUACAGAAACAAAUCAGUCAUGUUUUCAGUUGCAGGGCGAGUCAUAUUUGAAAAAAAAAAAGUACUGGAUCUGAAUUUUGGUUCCCCUUUGUACAUGGUAGUAGCAGAACUUGAACAGGGAUUUGUGGGUGGAGCUAGAACUAGUGCAGCUCAUUCAUAGGUUGGUUUCACUUGACCAAAGUUUGACACAGUUUUAAAGGAAGUUUGAUUCAUUUUUAAUCCCAGUUGGUACUUUAUUCACGCUAGAUGCUCACUACAUGGGGUAUAUACCAUAUGUAAUAGUGUAUUGUGUACAAUGAAGUGCCAAAAUAUUUAUAUUCAGUAGAAUAGUCUUACAAAUUGUCUAGUGUUCCGUAUAACAUUGGAAAUAUCUCCCAUAUGGAAGAUGGUUUGAGGGUGAACGGCACUUUUAAUCACUUUCUACUUAUCUUAAAUGUUAAAGAUUUGGAAUUUUCACUUAAACAUUUACACUGAAGCUGAUUAGUCAUAUGACAAGGUGCUAUUUCCACUCUGUGUACACAUCUUGUGUCUUCAGUAGACUUUACCCUCAGCAGGAUGGCAGCGUCUAAUAUUUUGUCUUUCAAUGAAUUCAGCGUUGUGUUGACAGGAGCUUGAUAUCAUUGCAACAAACUUACUGUAGCUCAAAAGAACCUGAUCUUUUCAUGAAUUUUGAGUGAGUCUCCACCUCUGUAGAAUCCCCUCGUAUUUGUACGGAUGGGUUCCGGAUUGAGUAGCUGCACUGUCCUGGGGAAAGGUGCUGUUGGAGAGGAUGUGGGUGUGGUGUUUGAUCCUGAGAGAGGAGGAGGUCAGGAGGAGAAGCUAAAGUCUGAACAUUCACAUGGUGUGUGUGCUCAUGCCCUAAGCCUAAACCCCCAAAAUGAGGUCCUAGGGCUUGUCUCAACCAAUCAGUGUGGUCAGGGGGUGGUGCUUCAUUUUAAACCCACCCUUCUGCUCAGGACUCGCAUGCUGAAAUCCAGUAUCUUGUGUAAUGUUCAGAAUCUUGCCCUGCUUUUCUUUUUUCAUAUCUUUAAGUUUAGAUUUAAAACUAAAACUUACUAGAACGCAGGAACAGAUCCGGGUUAGUAUUGAACACUCCCUCUUUUUAAUAAGGCCUUCCCCUUCAACUCAGGCUCACAAACACUCCCUUCGCUUCUCAUGGUCAUGAGGCAGAAACCUGACCCCCACUCGAGUUUACACUCCUGUCAGCUAAACCACAUAGAUGUAGAAUCGCCUGCUCGCUCAGAGAGCUGUGGCUCAGAGAGCUGUGGCUCACAAACUGUAGAGCUUUCAAGCUUCUUUUGUUGCCUCUUUAUGCUUUUUUUUUUUUUCUUGGUUUGUUAAAGACCAAACAGUCAGUGAUUAAUUUAUUGUUUUUAUAGAAAGGUACAGGAGAGCAAAUUGUCAACAUUAGAAUCAUGGAAAAAUGUAAAGAAAACAUGCCACUAUAUGUCCGUUUCAAAGAUUGUGAAAGCGUUCGACUGUGUGACCUACAACUGUCUGUGGAGUGAUUUGAUCCUAAUGGGAUUCCCUCACCACCUAAUCCACCUACUACACAUAUUAUACAAUAAUCAAGAAGCAAGGGUGAGGACGACAUGUGGAGAAAGCGAGUGGUUUACCAUCGGAACAGGUGUUAGGCAAGGUUGCAUUGUAUCCUCCCCUGACUGUGUAACAUCUAUGCUGAAUACAUCAUGAGGAAAGCACUAGAGAGCUCAGAGGCAGGCAUCACGAUCGGAGGAAGAAGAAUAAAUAAUUUGCGAUUUGCAGAUGACACCACGCUAAUCUGUACCUCCAAAGAUGGUCUUAUGGAGCUUAUAAAGAAAAUCAAAAAAAGUUAGUGAAGAGAAAGACUAAGAUCAUGGUAAUCGACCCAAACCGAGAUGGCAGAACCGACAUCAACUUAGGAGUUGUUUACCUGGGCUCAACUAUUAACACCGAGGCAAAGUGUAAGCAGGAAGUAAUCAGAAGGUUCGCCAUUGCGAAGAAUACAAUUCAAAGCACAUGUACCAUCUGGCAGAGCCAAGCAAUCAGUAACAACUUUAAAGCUCAAAGUUAUCAGAGCAACCGCAUUUGCUAUUACCACCUACGGAUGUGAAUCAUGCGCAAUGACCAAGCAAAUUGAGAAGGUAGAUGCAUUCAAGAUGUGGGCAUACAGGCACUUGCUUAGAACCUCAUGGAGAGGGCAUCGAACCAGUGUUUGGGUUCUAGAAACGUUGAACACCAAGAUGAUGCUCCGAGAACAAGUUGCGAAAAGAAAGAUGGGGUUUUUCAGCCAUGCCAUCCGACACGACGGACUAGAGAAAGUCAUCAUCCAAGGAAAAGCACCUGGAAAUGGAUGAAGAGGCAGACCCUCACAAACAUGGCAACAUCACUAGGUGGACACAAAAAAGCCUGGCGGCAGCGUCAAAAAUAGCAAAAGAUCGCAGAGAGUGGUGUGCUUUCAAAAAGACCGCGGCAGCUCGUUUACGAGCCAUCUGAUACAGAGAGAGAUUUUUGUUUAAGAGUGAAUAUUUCACCUUAAUUUCCUUUUGGAUGUAAUGACUAUGUUGUGUGUGUAAAUAUUUGACGAAUAGAGUGUGAGAUGUAUAAUGUAUUUCUGUGAAAUUCUUUAGUGUGUAUUUUAUUCAGGUCCUCGGACCAGGCGGUUAAUCUGGCAGCUCGUUUUCACACUGAACUCAUGAAACUGAAGUGAAUAAUGAUGUAAUGCUAAAAGCCUUACUGUUAUGUCAACAGUGUGUUUGCGAUUUACCGUUCUGUUCCAGAUAACUUUUUUUGUUUUGAGUUUAAGCUCAUAUGGUUUUAUUUAUUUUUUACCGUGACAUGAAGAGCAAGCUGCCUGUUAUCUCUUGAACUCCUCAGUGUGUCCUCACACAUCAAGUUAAACUACCUUGAUGAUGAUUCAGUCACAUUCUCGCUUCCUUUCAAGAGCAUACUAUUGGAGAAUCUUCAAUUCUUUAAAUCAUACUGGGUUUUUUUUUCUUUUUUUUAAAGCAACGACGCUGUGACUAGCUUUAAGCAUUUGUAUUUACAGCCUGGACAUGUUUUUAAUAUGACUUUGAGUGAAUUAUCCUGAUACAAUUGUAAACUUCUGUCCUAAGUGCAAUAUAAACA